AUGAAGUCCUUGACCGCCUCCGCAAUUGGACUGCUCGCUGCGCUUGUGCCUACCGCCCUCGCCCAAACACACACCGACUGCAACCCGCUCAACACUACGGCAUGUCCGUCCAUGCAGGCCCUGGGUGGCAAUGCAACCUUCAUUUGGAACAAGACGGGCAUUCCCAGCGACGGCAAGGUCUGGAUCAAGAAGAACCAGGGAAAAAUCGACUGGGUGGAGAAGGGCGCCACCUUCACCGUGGAGCGGUCGGGAGACUCGCCCACGGCCAAUUCCAAAUUCUACAUGCUGUUUGGUCGCCUCGAGGUGGUCAUGAAGGUCGCAAAGGGCAAGGGCAUCAUUUCCAGCGCCAUCUUGCAGAGCGAAGCCUUGGACGAGAUUGACUUUGAGUGGAAGGGCAGCAGUUCACAAAUCUUGACAAACUACUUUGGCAAGGGCGACACAAGUACCUACGACCGCGGUCAAGACUUCGACCUCGGUUUUGUGCCGCAAGACGAUUUCCACAACUACACCUUGGACUGGACCAAAGACCGCAUUCAAUGGUGGGUCGAUGACAAGAUGCUGCGCGAACUGGUCCCUGCAGACGCAAAGGGCGGAACCCGCUAUCCGCAGACCCCUAUGAACGUGCGCCUGGGUAUCUGGGCUGCCGGCGAUGUCGAAAACAACGACAAAGGCGUCAUUGAGUGGGCUGGUGGCGAGACAGAUUUCACCCUAGGCCCAUACACUAUGACAGUGCAGAGCGUGCAUGUGCAGGAUUAUACGCAGGGUGCUGAGUAUUCAUGGGAAGAUAUGGAUGCCAGUGGUGAUUGGCAGAAGGUCAAGGUCAUUGCUGGAAAAUCUGAAGUCCUCCAAGAGAUCCAAUCCCCAUCUGGCGUCCGCAAUCGCUGGGCUGCCCUCCCUCAAGGCGCCAAAAUCGGCAUCAUCGCUGGAUCACUAGGUCUUUUUGCCGUUGGAUGCAUCAUCAUGGCCUUUUGCUGCAUCAAGCAACGCCGCAUCGGACGCAAAGAACAUGCCGCCCUCCUCGCCGAGGAAGAGAAAGAAGCCGCUGAGCUUCAAGAGUACAAGGUGCAAAUGCAGAAUGGAAAGUUUGGCAUGGGCUCUUACCAGCGUGUGUAG